CAUGUCAUGUCAAAUGUCAUAUCGUGGGUGGAUGGAUGUGGAAUUGUGUUUAGUGUUGUGAGUGAAUGUAAAAAUUAACUUAUUUUUAGUUGUCAUGUGGUUACGUGCGCGUGUCGUCAGAUAAACGGUGCUGUGAUAGGAUUGCCAACGAUCCAACACUGUGGAAUGGUUCCGGUGUGCGGACGCUGUCUUGUACAUUUGUGCGGUUGAGGAGUGCUCGUCACCAUGGGUAAACUACUCUCGAAGAUCUUCGGAAACAAGGAGAUGAGAAUAUUGAUGCUGGGACUGGAUGCUGCCGGCAAGACUACUAUUUUAUAUAAAUUAAAAUUAGGUCAGUCAGUCACAACGAUACCCACGGUCGGUUUCAACGUGGAAACCGUCACCUACAAGAAUGUCAAAUUCAACGUGUGGGAUGUGGGCGGGCAGGACAAAAUACGACCGCUCUGGAGGCAUUACUACACAGGUACUCAAGGUCUAAUAUUCGUGGUAGAUUGCGCGGACCGCGACCGCAUCGACGAGGCGCGCCAGGAGCUGCAUAGGAUCAUCAACGACAGGGAGAUGCGCGACGCGAUCAUACUCAUUUUCGCCAACAAGCAAGACUUGCCUGAUGCAAUGAAGCCCCACGAGAUACAGGAGAAACUAGGUCUCACGCGCAUACGUGACCGCAACUGGUAUGUGCAGCCGUCGUGUGCCACCUCCGGCGACGGGCUCUACGAGGGGCUCACGUGGCUAACUUCAAACCACAAGUUAUGAGCGGCGGAGUAGGCGGCCUGUCCGCCUCCACGCCUCGGUGAGGAUAUCGAUGCCAUUUAAUUUAAGUAUAUGAAUUGGCGACUACGCCGUUGUAACAGUAUACAACACCCUACCACGCAAAAUAGUGCUGUGUAACGUGCUAAAUAUCGAAUUAGUGCACAAACUAUAAAAGUACAUAGUACGAUGGCGGAUGGACUACUCGACUAAACAUAUAGUUAGCGAAACAAGUGAACAAGUUUAUUGUCACACAUCAACAGCAAGAAUCAAUUAUUCCAUUAUUUAAUAAUAAUUAAUAACAGCUAGGAAAGAAAUGAGG